AUGAAAAAAAAUCGACAACAAAUGCCUAAUACAGCCACAAAUUUGGCUGAUGUAAGGGCUAACCCGUUUCGGCGUCUCUUUCGUGCAGCCCAACGAUGGAUAAGUACGCUUAUGAGGGAGAACCGUGCCACACUUUACAUAAUUCCCUCAAUCUUCAUCACCUACCUAGCUCUUGUGGGUAAUGAGCGUGUUUUUGGAAAGUUUAUGUUCGACUAUGUAAAGUGCGGCCCUCUCAGCUUCAGCACCCACGAGGGCUAUGCACUUAACGCCGCCUAUUGGGUCUCCUUUUGCCUCGCUAGACUUAUUGUUUUCGUCAUCACUCUGCGCGUCUCGUGCAAGCUCGUUAUGGCUGGACUACUCCUCGGCACUACAGCUACAAGCCUAGGAAUGUGUCUGAUCCCGAAAGACUCUGAGAGGGCCUCUCGAAUCGCAUUCUUUGUCCUCUCCACAGGGUUUGGUCUAUUCAAGAGCCCACUCUUCCCGACGGGACUGGGUGUGAUAAAUACUGCCGUCCCGGUCACCGGAAUCAUAACAGCCUUCGUCAACCUAGGCAGCGCGCUGGGAGCAGCUCUGCUCCAAUUUCUUGCAGGCGCAUUGAUCGAGAACCAUGGCCAAGUCGUAUUUCCCUUUAUGGUAUUUGGUACUGCAUGCCUCCUGAUGUUCUGUGGCUUAAGCAUAAUCUGGAUGACACGAUGGAUCAUCAACAAAAAAAGUAAUGCGGCUUCGUCUUCGCUAUCCUUACAGUUGGAUGCGUGCUUAAUGAACGAAAGCGAAACCAGCAAGGAGGUAAUCAAAAGUCGAUUGUGA